CAGCCGAGCCCCACCCGCCUGGAAUCUCCGAACAGCAGGACCGACCGCCUGAGCCGCAUCGCCCCUGCACCGCCCGCCCCGCCGCCCGCGAUCAUGGGCAGCUACCUGAGCAGCUACCUGAGCAGGUACCUCCGCACGGCCCACGCCACGCUGCGGCCCUCCGUCUGGGCGCGCCGGCUCCCGCCGCCCAGACCCGCCCUGCGCCAGCGGGCCCGGGAGCAGGGCCGCGUCCCCUGUGCGCACCCCAAUCGCUGCGCCCCGACCCAACCCCUGCCCCCGACACUGCCCGGCUGGCACCGGGGCAGGGCCUGCAGGGGACCGAUGCCCGAAGCCAGGAGGCGCUUCCCUGGCCCGGCCCCCCGGGGGCGGGAUGUUCCCGUGGCUCCGAAGGGCACGAUGACGCUGCGGAGUCGCGGUGCCCGCCACCCACGCCGCCUGCAGAGCCCGGUGACCAUCCAGAUCGCCCCCCCUGAGCGCAGAGGGAGCCUCUACACGUGCCCCCCCGGCCGAGAGCGCCCCGACCCCUGCGCCCGGGAGACGGUGCUGCGGGCGCUCAGCCAGUGCAGCAAGGGCCGGGCCAAGUUCGACGGCCCCCUCUGGUUUGAGACCCCCGACGCCAAGAGGCGCGGCCGGUCGGCCUUCGCGCCGGUCGGGAGACGCGGAGCGGCCCUCCCCCUCGUGCCCAGGCCGGGGCCUCUGCUCCCCGUGCAGCCGUGCGGACCGGAGGCCCCCGCCGCCCACCCUGAGCCGCCCCCGUGCGCCCCCCACCCCAAUGCCAGGGCACCGCCAGCCCCGGCCACACGGUACCAGCCUCCGCCCCCCGAGAACCUGAAGCCUGAGGUCACCACCGUGUCCGGUUAGUCAAGGCCCGGCCGCCGCCACCACCACUUCCUGGGACUCACACACGGUGAGCCCAGCGCUGCCCAGCAGGAGCCAGAGGCACCCCGGUCCCCGCCCAGCACCCGGCUGGCAGGGCCGCCAAGCCCAGACCCUCUCUCCUCAGCUGGCAGCACCCGCUGCCGCAGAAUCACUGCUCUGAUCACUGCUCUGCCUCCCCCCCUCCCCCUCCUGCCUCUCCCAGGGCACACCCGGGAGGCGUCUCUCUCCCCUUUGCCCGGUUGGUAGAAUUAA